AUGGCUGCUUCUCAGGGCCCGCUGACCUUCAGGGAUGUGGCCGUAGACUUCUCUCAGGAGGAGUGGGAUUGCCUGGACCCAGCUCAGCGGACAUUGUACCUGGAUGUGAUGUUGGAGAACUACAGGAACCUGGUCUCCCUGGCCAUGUCAUCUGGAUACAACCAGGCCUUUUUGCGAAAACCUGGACUACGAGACUUAUUCUCAGAAAUAAGACUGAAUUUACUCCACAUCAGAGAGUUCAUCCUGGAGAAGAACCAUCGAAAUGUAGAGAAUGUGGCAAAGGCUUCAGUAAGGCCUCUAGCGUUACUGUACAUCAUAGAUUUCAUAUUAGAGCGAAGCUUUAUAAAUGUAGAGAAUGUGGCAAAGCCUUCAGCCACUACGGAGCUCGUAUUCACCAUCAAAGGCUUCACUCUGGAAAGGACAUUUAUGAAUGUAGACAAUGUGGCAAAGCAUUUAGACAUUCCUCAGGCCUUACUAAACAUCAGAGAAUUCAUCGUGGAAAGAAGUCUUAUAAAUAGCAUCAGAAAAUUCAUACUGGAGAGAAACCUUAUAAAUGUAGAGAAUGUGGCAAAGCCUUCAGCCAGUCCUCAUACCUUACUGUCCAUCAGAGAAUACAUACAGGAGAGAUAUCUUACAAAUGUAUAGUAUGUGGCAAAGCCUUUAGUCAGUCCUCAAACCUUAUUCGACAUCAGAGUUCAUACUGGAGAGAAGCUCUAUAAAUGUAGAGAAUGUGGCAAAACAUUUGUCCACUCCUCAAGCCUUACCCGACAUCAGAGAGUUCAUACUGGAGAGAAGCCUUAUAAAUGUAGAGAAUGUGGAAAAGCUUUUAGUAUGGCCUCAACCCUUACUUAUCAUCAAAGAGUUCAUUCUGGUGAGAAGCCUUAUAAUUGUAGUCAAUGCGGCAAAACCUUCAGGAAGUCCUCAACCCUUACUGACCAUCAGAGAACACAUACUCGAGAGAGACCUUACAAAUGCAUAGAAUGUGGCAAAGCCUUUGGCCAGUCCUCAGCCCUUACUGCACAUCUCAGAGUUCAUACAGGAGAGAGGCCUUAUAAAUGUAUAGAAUGUGGCAAAGCCUUUAGUCAGUCCUCAAACCUUACUAAGCAUCAGAGAAUUCAUACUGGAGAGAAGCCUUACAAAUGUAGAGAAUGUGGCAAAGCCUUCAGUGUUGCCUCUACCCUUACUUAUCACCAGAGAGUUCAUUCUGGAGAGAAGCCUUAUAAAUGUGGGGAAUGUGGGAAAACCUUCAGGAAGACUUCAACCCUUACUGACCAUCAGAGAAUACAUAGAAGGGAGAGACAUUAG